AUGGACAGGCAUGCUUUGGCUGUUAUGGAAGUGGCGGAGUCAUGGGACUGGCCUCCCACCUAUCGCAUUCGAGCCUCAGGAGACCGCGAUUUCAAGGCUGUCACGCCAAGACUCAUGUCUGGUUUCAUCGCCGAGUCACAAGCAUUAGGCGGAACCUUAGUUGAUCAAUUCUGGAUCGUGGUUGGGAAAUGUCAUCCCCGGCUUGAGGAAAAUAUUAAGAUCCUUCGGCACACCGAGUUUUCUUCCCCCCUUCAUUCUGAGACGCUGUUAUUCAAAGGGGUCAAUCGAGAAGCAGUCAAUUUCUCUCCAAUAUUUCAGAUGGGCGCAGAACUUUUCGCCCAUCUUUGCGUUGCUUUAUCAGUUAUGAAUCUCAGGAGUCGUAAAUCUGGGAGCGGCACACCCUUCUCGGUUAACGAUUUCAUCGCAAAGGAUACCGACGAACUCCUGCAGAUGGCUGCCUCAGAAGGGCUCGGGACUAGGAAGCGAGCUGCUCUGGGAGCUCUGAUAUUCAAACGUGAUGGCCAAUCAUGUCCAUUAACUGGCUUGCCUUUCGCUUUCGACCCUGAGGAUGGCGUCAAGCCACAUUUGGCGCAUAUAAUUCCUUACUUGGUCCAUAACAAGCCUGAGACUAUCAAGUGUAUUGCCAUGCUCGCUGGGACAGCCAUCUGUGACCUUGUUCUGGAACAGUUGAAUGGCCCAGGCAACCUUAUGCUUAUCCAAUCAGAUGCACAUGCUGCAUAUGGUGACAUUCGCUGGGGAAUUGAGGCUCGCAACGAGAACGGGAUGUUUAAAUACAUCUAUAGGAGAGUCCCCUAUAAGACUGCGAAGGGCCCCGGAAUCAUUCGCCUCCGCGAUGGGGAUCAAAUUGUCUUCGGAGGAGGCCCUGAGGCAGCACGACUUGGACCAGGCCCCAAUCCGUUACUCUGUAAUGUCCAGCUUGCUGUGGCUCGGACCGUGAGGAUGAGUGGCGCUGCGGACAUUAUUGCACAGAUGAUAGAUGAUGGAGAUGACUCAGACUUCCCUCAUGUUUACAUUGCAUCGCCAGCAUUUUGUGACAUUCUUACUGCUCAACUCCAACUUGCAGGGGGUGUUCUUCUGUAG